UUGCGCGGCGUUCGAGUCACCCCCGCCAACAUCUUCUGCACUGACCAGUACCUGAAGGUAAGCGUCCCUCCCUUUUUAUUUGAAGCCAUUUUAUAUGCUCCUAUUGAUGACACAAAUAGCACAGCAAAGAUUGGAAAUGGAAUCAUUUUCUUCACUUUGCAUAAAAAAGAAGUGGCCAUGUGGGAUUCCCUCACUCUAGCAAAUGCUGACAAGGAGAAACUGCAAUAUCUAAGAGAGAAUGCUGUUCUAAAAGCCCAUGAGAAGGCAAAAGAGGAGACAGAAGCAAAAAAAGUUACAAAACAGGAACACAAAAAAUAUGCUUUGGAGGCCACAAUGAAGCUAGAAGAGGCAGAAAGAAAAAGAAUUGAAAAUCUGAAAGAAAAGGAGCGGCAGAAAGUCACUAAGGAGUUGGAGUUAUGGAAGAAACAGCAAAAAGAUGCUGAGAAACAAAAGAGGGUACAAAAAGAAGGGGAACUAUAUCAAGAAGUAGAACAAUCAAAGGAGAAGAAAAAGGAAAAAAUGAACAAAACUAGGAUUCCUAAUGAAGGAACUUCUAAGAUGGGACUCAAACCUACUAAAGGUCAUGGUUCCUACAGUAUGUUUUCAGAAAAUUUAAAGGAAGAACAGUUACCAGCUCCUCGAUCUGCUGCUACAAUUAAAAUCAACUUUACAUCACGAGCGUUUCCUACAGCUCUGCGAGAAUCUCGCAUCGCAGAAGAGGAGGAGUGGCUACGUAAACAAGCAGAAGCUCGAAGAACAAUAAGUGCUGAUUUGUCUGAGCUGGAGGAUUUAAAAGAAGAGGAGAAGAAUCCAGAUUGGUUAAAAGACAAAGGAAACAAAAUGUUUGCAACGGGAAACUAUCUUGCAGCUGUAAAUGCAUAUAACCUCGCAGUGCGGCUCAACAAUAAGCUUCCCCUACUGUAUCUGAAUCGUGCUGCUUGCCACCUUAAACUGAGAAAUUUACAUAAAGCUAUUGAAGAUUCCUCUAAGGCACUAGAAUUGCUGACACCACCUGUUCCUGAUAAUGAGAAUGCUCGAGUAAAAGCAUAUGUGAGACGCGGAACAGCGUUUUGUCAGCUGGAAUUAUAUACUGAAGGUCUCCAGGAUUAUGAAGCAGCUCUCAAGAUUGAUCCUAAAAAUGAAACUAUAGAAAAAGAUGCUGUGAAGAUUCGACACCUAAUUCAAGGAACAACACAAGAUUCUUAAUAAAAAAAACCCUAAGCAAACAAAACUUUUUGGAGGGAUGCCUUUUGAGGGCAUCAGAAGGAAUCUGAAUUUUCUUCAGUAUGUUGUUAACAUUUUCCUGUUUCACUGAAAGCACCUAUGGAAUUGGUAAAAGAUGGGAUAUAUGAAUUAUUAUUUUUUUAAAGUAUAGUAUUAUAACAAAUAUGCUUAGAUAGAUUUUUAUAUCAUGUUGCUACUUGUGGUCAUGUUUUUGCUCUUUGAGAAAUAUUGGUGGGAUGAAUAUUAAAACAUGCUUUUGGUACUUGAUUUAAAGUUACUCAUAACUAAAUGAAAUAUUUGUCUGGAAAUACCUACUGAAUCUAGACAAUGGGUUUUCAAACAACUUCAGUAGCUCCAUAUAGUCAAUACCUAUUAACUUCUUAUCUUUCUGUUCUCCACCAAAGCUGAAACAGUUA